ACCAAAGUCUUUCAACUGAUGCUGCAUUAGUACAAAUCCCAAAUAUUCUACAGCAUUCCAUUUUAUAUUCUGGAUGCAAUAAACAUGAUAAUAUUAGAAGCGGUUGUUCCCAACUUUCCCAUCAUUUUUCAAGUCGUGUAAUGAUUUUUGCAGCAAAUUCAAAAUCAUCAUAUCUUGACCAAAAUUGUGCAAGAUAUUCAAAACUAUUUUCUGAAUUAAUAAUUUCAAAUAUUGCUCGUGAAAUUUUUGAACUAUCUCUUUCUUUAUGUCAAGGUUCAACAAUUGGUG